AUGGCCGGAAACGCAACCAUGGCCGGAGACGAGACCAUGGUUGGAGACCCGACCAUGUGCUUCAUUGUUGACGCCAACGAAGGUGACGCGAGACGCUACCAUGGCCAGAGGAUCCAUCCUCUAGUUCAAAAGUUUAAUGGGUGCUACAAACAAGCAGAUAAACAUAGGAGAAGUGGAAGUUCAGAGAAAGAUGUCUUGGCUGAUGCUCAUAUGAUUUACUCACAAGAUAUAGGUAAAAAAUUUGAGGUUGAGCAUGGUUGGUUGUUGUUGAAAGAUCAACCAAAAUUUGAUGCAGAAUUUAUGUCAAAGUGUUCAAAAAGAACAAAGGUUUCUACUUCAGGAAAUUACUUGUCGUCUUCUAACCCAGAGACACCCAUUGAAGUCGAAGAAUAUGAUACGCUAUCGCCAAUGUCUCGCCCAAUUGGACAAAAAGCAGCAAAAAGGAAAAACAAAGGAAAAGAAUGUCCUAAUACUCUCGAUUUAUCUAGCAUAGAAAGUGUAAUGAAGGACAAAAAUAUGAACACAUCAAAACUUAUUCAAUUAAAGGAGGCACAGGAAAAGCGUCUGCAAGAACAGGAACGACGUAUGGAGUAUGAAAUCCUCAUGAAGGAUACUUCCAACAUGUCUGAACAACAACACAAAGACCACGAAAAGUAUUGUGACCAUAUUAGGAAAAAAACUAGGAUACUAAAUUUUUAG